AUGUCGAAGAUAAUGCUACUUCUGUUUGUGUUUUGCACUGUUUUUGUUGCCAUCUACGGCAAACAUUUACACCCCAGGAGUAUCGUACAUUUCGAAGAGGGCAUUGAUGAUGGAACUAAAGCUAUCGACACAAAUAUUGACGGAAUGGAAAUCGAGAUGAUACGUCGCAUUAAGCCCAGUUGGUUUGUGCCAGUCAACAACGUGCUAUUCUUCAAGAGCUAUCCACCAUGUGAAGAUGGUUUCGAGAGGGAUCUACGUGGUGUCUGCAGAGAGGUGUGGUACAGUGCACUUAAAGAUGACUCCGUUGAUGAAGAGUAUAAAAAACUCGCCGCGUCGCCUCGAGGAGUCACGCUGCAGCCAUUUGGGGGUUUCUACCUGGUCACACAUCGGGCAAAAAUUAUCAGAGCUUAUUAG